GGUUGGUGCCAGCUCACCCGUGAUCCAGAGUGAGUCAAAGCGCUUCAGAAAAUAGAUUGAUAAAUGGAUGGCAACCGCUGAAAUCGAUCCAAACCUUUUGGACAUUGAUACCACUUGACAUUUGAAUGCCCCGUCAAUGUUUGGCAUGUGGGCCCCCUGAAAAGGGUUGCUGUGACUGUCAGAAAUGACUCGUUUGUCGCUUGAUCAAAUUUGCUUUUGGAGGAGGUGACGCACUCACCUCAGCACCUCGGCGCAGGGAGUUAAAGUAAGCUUAUUACAGCCAGAUCUAAAACCAAAACACUUGAGUUGUUCCCUUGCUACUUUGGGUGUCUCCAGCUGAUGACGUGCAGCAAAUAAUGAAAAUACUACCCCACCACCCUCUCAGCCUAUCGAUGGGUGAAUCCGGCUCGCGUCGCUCCACGCUGGUUUCCCGCCUGCCCAUCUUCCGCCGGAGCAACAGCAAGCGGCAGGACUCCUUGCCGUCGUCCCCGUCAUCGGGCGGCAACUGCGUGCACACUUCAUCUCCCUCCAGCACAAAUUCAAGCUCGGGGAGCACCGGCAAAAGGCGCAGCCUCUUCCGCGCCCCUUCCCUUAGCUUCUCGGCAAAGCGAAGCAGCCAGCCUCGUGUCCAGCCCAUCAACUUGAACCUCGCGUCGCCCCCUGCGCCAGCGCAGUCCACUGACGCCAACGGGAACAGCCAGCAGCCGAAUCCGACGUCACAGUCGGCGGGUUUAAGAGAUGCUCACCCAAAGUCGCGACAUUCCUUUGGCUUCGGGAGCCACCGGCAGAAGAAAAUCACGCGCUCUCAGACGCAGGAUUUCGACAAGGCGUCGGCGUCCUCUUCCGCGACGAAUCGGAACGUAUUCAUCAACUGCCUCAGCGGCUCGGCGGUCAACGAGGGCGAUGACUCGGGUUUCAUCGAAGAAUACGGCAACAGUAGCAAGCGCUCGUCGCGACACAAGAAGCACCUGCUGCCCAAGUCCCUCUCAGCCCACCACCACUUCUCUCACCAAAGACCCCAAGGGGACAAUCAGGAGUGUGUUGUUACUGCUCCCGUCACACCGGGCGCCGGAGGGCUCACCCCUGGGUCUUGUCCAAGCGACGCCGGCCUGGAGAGCUCCCUCCAGUCUCCCAUGGUAUCAGAGGACCGUACCACGGCCAUCACCCCUUCUGAGUUCAUCCCCAUCACAGAGGACUCAGUCUCAGAGGCCGAAGCUCUGCCAGCUAUCAGUCCUGGACCCGCCCUCGUGUCUGCACUGACCACAGACUCUUUCUCGGCUGAGGGUCCAACUGUCCCGGAGACAUUCAGCGGGACCAUCUCGUCCUCACAGGUUUUCUUCUCUCCGGCUCCAUCUGGCAUUGAGAAACCAUUACUCGCCGACUCCAGCACAGCCAACAACACUGACUACGAGACAGCCGUUUCCCUCUCAGAACCGGAAACCGCCGUACUCUGCCCGUCCCCGCAGCAACUAUCGCCGGAUAAGAGGAAGGAGCAUGAAAAAGCGCAAGAUGGGGCCGGAACAGGGACGCCGGGACGGGAAUCGGUGAAUGCAGACACCACCAGCGAGAGUGAGGGCGGAGCGCCGAGAAGUGAUGGCUGCCGCUCGUACCCGGAACAGACGGAGAGGAGGGCAAGGCACACUCUAUCGGUUCACGAAAGAGGAAGCUUUUGUGGCUGUCGUGACCCCAGGUCCUGUCACCAAAGGAAGCCGCACACAGCCUCGUUGUGCAGCAGUGUCAGCCCCUACCAUGAGGUGAUGCGCUUGGAGAGGCGCUUGCGUUCCUCCUCGGAAGGGGCCGGCGGUCCUCGUAUCCACGGCAACCACCGGGACACCCCCAGCGUGGAAGGAUGCGGCCUGCUGAAACACAGGAACAACUCGUCAUCAUCCAAACUGGGAAGUUUGGAUGUCCUAAAUAAUUUGGGCUCCUCUGAGCUGGAUGAAGAUGACCUCAUGUUGGACCUGGACCUAUCUGACGAUCAGCGCCAUCGUCACGUUUCUAGACAAGACUCCAGCCAGUCCUUGGCAUCUUGUCUCAACCUGCUCCACUCACCCAUCGAUCCAUCAGGAGAUCGCAUCCCAGUCAAAGACAACUGCCACAGGGAGCCUCGACGUCCGACGAGCCUCCUGCCUGCCGACUGCAGUUCGGCUCUGCUUCUGGGUCGGGAAGAUGAGCCCUUGGCCCCUGGCGUGGAGACCCUCCCCCUGCGGCUGAUGCAGCAGGACUGCACCGCUGUCAAGACCCUACUUUUGAGGCUGAGGCGCACCCUGCAGGAGAGCACAGAGACGAGUCCUGCCAGCAGUCUUCAGUCUCUGCCCAUUAGCCCCUGCAGUGAAAAGUCUCUUCCAUUGAAGGACUGGAGCAGAGAGGAGGCGUUGCUGCAGCAACUGAAGGAAAAAGACGAGCUGAUUCUCCGGCUUCAAAGUGAACUGGACAGUGCCAGAGCCGCCCUGAAGAUGAAAGACGGCCACGCGAGCGACCGCGCCACACAGACGGAGCAAAUGGGGCCAGAGGCCAACAGCCAUCCAGGGUGGUCGUCAGGACCAGGCAGCAGCAGCAGCAGCAGCAGCAGCAGCAGCAGCAGCAGCAGCAGCAGCAGCAGCCUGCCCCCAAAGGAACGAAAGGCAGUGCGGUCCGAGGGUACACCGCCCCCUGCGCCACUCGCAGGGGACCUCGCUAACGACCCCCAUCACCUGCUACUUCUUGGUUCCGCCAGAGAGGAGAAUCACUCCCACCCACCUGCCGGCGCAGCGAAUACAGCCCACCGUUCUUUCAUCGCUGCUGCCCACCCUCAGCCUCACCACGCAAUGCCAUCUUUGUGCGGCGGCCAGCCGGAAAGGGUCUCAUCGUCUUCUGAGUCCUUAGGAGGAAGCUUGACGUCCCGCAAAGGGGAGCUUCACCACCACAGCCUCAUCCCCCGGGCGGUGGGCGCCUCCUCGUCCAGCCUCCACAGCCUGGCCAGCAGAGGGAGCAUCUCCUUGUCGGGCCUCCCCUCCCCUCCCAACCCAACUUCUUCCUCUUCUUCCUCUUCUUCGUCCUCACCCUUCACGGGGCGCCUGGGGCAACCGCCCCGGGGCCCGCUGUCCCUGCACAGCUACUCUCGUAAAAACGUCUUCCUCCAGCACUCCCUGCACACCGCCGACCUCCAGGCGCUCACGCAGAGAGACACUUGAUCGCGAGCGGACAUUUUGUUUGCUCUUUUCCAAAGUCGCAAAAGAAAUGGACGGUGCAGCAGUUGAACGGAAUGUUCCACACAACUCUCGUGGGUGGAUCUUCACUGACUUCACUUUUGUUCACGCACAUGACACAUAACACCAAUUUCUUUACUCAUCUCACAAAGUAAAAUAGAAGAAAACGCGACGAGAAAAAAUGUUUGACCCGCAAACACACACACACACACACACACACAUAAAGGCACUUUCCAGUCCUCCUCCCAUGAAGUUGAAAAAGAAACAUAGCAGGAAUUUUCUCCAUGAGUCAUGGAUCAACCUUUGCUGACAUGUUGUUCAUCAUUGCGCGCACGCACACACAAACACACACGCAGAAAGGCAAUCACAAGAGAAAACAAGAAACACUGGUGAAAUUCACCUGAACACAGCCAGGUUUCAGGCCUGCAUGAACCUCCUCUGAAUUUUUUUU